AUGGAUAUAACGCCCUGUGGCAGCAAUGAUGACCGUAAUGUUGUUGAUGUUAAUGAUUUACGAAAAUCUGAAAUGUAUGGAAAACUAUUUUUGUAUAAUUUUGCAUUGGUGACUAAGUCUGCGAUAAUUUUGUUUGCAGUUAGUGUAAGUGAGAUAGAAGCACUAUACGAGCUAUUCAAAAAGAUCAGCAGUGCUGUAAUUGAUGACGGCUUGAUCAACAAGGAAGAGUUUCAAUUGGCUUUGUUCAAGACUAACAAGAAGGAGAGCUUAUUUGCUGAUCGGGUGUUUGAUUUGUUUGACACAAAACACAAUGGAAUUUUGGGAUUUGAAGAGUUUGCUCGUGCUCUUUCUGUAUUCCAUCCGAAUGCUCCAAUCGAUGAUAAGAUUGAGUUCUCAUUCCAACUAUAUGAUCUGAAGCAGCAAGGAUUUAUUGAAAGACAAGAGGUUAAGCAAAUGGUCGUGGCUACUCUUGCUGAGUCAGGCAUGAAUUUGUCAGAUGAAGUUAUCGAGAGUAUCAUUGAUAAGACAUUUGAGGAAGCUGAUACAAAACAUGAUGGAAGAAUUGAUAAGGAAGAGUGGCGCAGUCUUGUCUUGAGGCAUCCUUCUUUGUUGAAGAACAUGACCCUUCAAUACCUCAAGGACAUUACAACUACCUUCCCGAGUUUUGUCUUUCAUUCACAGGUUGAUGAUACCUGAGUCUGAUUUUGUUACGACUUGAUUUUCCAUGACAUGCCAAGUUUGUGGAUGGUUAAUUCACUAUGGUGAAUGUUAUGAAGAAUAAAUAGUAAAUUGGCAACUAGCACUUGCUUUUACUUCUUUGUUUUGCUUAUAAUUUAUUAAAUUCUUUACCCAAGGCAUGUAAUAUGUGAAGGAAAGUACCGAGUUUGUGGAUUGUGAAAUUUGUGUUGCCCAGCAAUGUGAAGAAAAAAGAAAGAUAUGUGUGGUCUUACUUAAAA